ACCCGCCCCCGACUUUGUCCUGUGAACUUCGAGUAAGAAGCUCGAGCAUCACCAUCGAAAUCAUCCUCAUCAUCACCCUCAUCCUCAUCCUUACCAUCCUCAUCCUCACACUAAUGCAGCAGCGUGGAAACUAAAGCCGGAGAGGACACUUUUUUAUGCAGGAUAAAGGCAAUGGAGGAGCAGAAAGUCAACGUAGAUCAUUCAGUGUGCAGAUCUUGCAGAAGAGCCGAGAGACACACAACAAUGAUGACUUCUUCCUGUAGACUUUUGCUUUUCACAGUGGCAUUGUCACUGUAUUCAUCUCAAGUCUCAGCAGAGACGCUCUGCGGUGGGGAGCUAGUGGACACUCUGCAGUUCGUGUGUGGAGACAGAGGCUUUUACUUCAGCCGACCAUACAGAUCAAAUGGCCGCCGUCCUCACAAAGGAAUAGUGGAGGAAUGCUGUUUUCGGAGCUGUGAUUUGCAUCUUCUCGAACAGUAUUGUGCAAAACCUGCAAAGUCUGAGAGAGACAUCAGUGCCACUACGCUGCAGGUCAUCCCAGUGUUACAAACUCUUCACAAGGAUAGCACAAGGAAGCCUCUUAAUGUCAGGUUUUCCAGAUAUGAGCUAUGGCAACGGACAGCUGCUCAAAGGCUGAGGAGAGGAAUCCCUCCCAUCCUCCGCUCCAGAAAGUUCAAAAGGCUUGCCAAGAAAAUCCAAGACCAGGAGCAGCCAGAAUUUCAUCGGCCCCUGAUGACUGUGUCCAGCAGAAGCCCUCAAAUCCCCCAUGCCUCCAGAGCCUCGCUGACCAUAAGUGAAGCAAAGACUGCAGAGAUUUAAAAGGAUUAUAAGCCUCGACCUUGAUCAAGCGAGGCUUCCUUAAUGACCCCGAGCAUCAUUUAGAAAUACAGAUACGAACAUUCUGUGUUAUCACCUGCCUUACCCAGCUGAAGAGACUUUAGUGAUAGAGCUGAAAGUAAGAGUGAUGGAUCAGGCGACAGAAAAGAUUAAUGAAGUCUCUGAUUCACAGGGUGCACAGCCAGAAUCAUUCCCAAUGAAUUACCAAUGGAGUAUGUAUAGCAGUGAGUAUGUCUUCAUUCCACAAAAUCCCAACCCUGAGACGGAGCGCCUCUGUCUCAUUUGCACCUGCGAUUCUAAAGUUACACUAUUGGGAGCAUUUUUUUUUUUUUUUUUUUUUAAAUUAAAAUGAUAUUUGCUUUAUAUGCACCUUCUUUCACCCUCCUCCCUGCGGUGCAAUAAUGAAGAAAAAAACAUCGGCAGAUUGCACAAUGCCAAGGACAAUAUUAAUGGCACUAUUUUUUUUUAAUGAACUGCUCCAUAUGGUAAUAUUAUGGUGCUACCUUUUUGGGAAUAAACUCAAAGAAGAGACUCAAGGCAACCUACUCUUUUCAUCGUGUUAAACUUUCCGUUUUAGGAAAAGCAAGACAUUGUAAGAGAGGUGAAUCAAGAAUGGUUUGAUUAGGGAUGAGCUACGCUGAACUGUACUCUUAAGAUCCAUUACAUGGGCUGUGGAGAAUGAAGGUAAAGUCCAAGGUGGUAUCGUGAGAGAUUCUCUACAAUAAGAUGAAGGGAACAACAGGGAAUACCGCCGUUGAGGACAUUUGCGACCAAGUCAAGAUUGAACUUUGAGCAAGAGCAGUUUUAAAACACCACA